UAAAUCAUUUGUGCUAGAACAGCUCACAAUACAUUUCCGUCAGAUGUAGAAUAUUUUUUGUAAAUUUUUAAGAACGAACGUAAAUUUGUGCGAUUAUUUAUUAGACACGAACCAGUUAAAAACAAAUUAUUACGAUAUAAUGGAACCACUCCGAUCCCGUAAUACCACCAAGCUAAAGGUUAACAUGCCGCAGCAAAUUGUCAAAUCUGAGAAGAAUGAUUUUACAGAGGACGAGAAGAAAAUUAUUGGUGAACUAAAGCAGCUGUAUAUGGAUACCAUCAAUCUGGAUGUCAAGAUGCAGCGCGAAAUUUACAAUAUGGAAAAAUUAUACGAGCAAAAACACAAUGAGAUAUUCGACAAGCGCAAAAAGAUGCUUGAAGAAUACAAGAAACAAAAUCAUGGCGAUGCCAAUUCAAAUGACAAUGUUGCACACUUUUGGCUUAAGGUUCUGAAAGCCUCCUACACCGAAUUCAUUGGCAAGGAGGAUGAGAAAAUUUUAUCGUACCUGUGUGAUAUACGAACCAAGCACUAUAACGAAGACACCGUCAAGUUUGUAAUAGAGUUCACUUUCGAGAAAAACGAUUAUUUCAAGAAUCGUGUACUGACAAAAACCUACAUAUUGAAUUGUGUACCCGACAAGGAGGAUCCUUUGGCCUACGACGGCGCUGAGAUUGUCAAAUGCGAGGGUUGUCACAUCGAUUGGAAACAGUCCUUGGAGCGCGAGAAAAACGAUCAACCGUCAUUCUUUGACUUCUUUACGCCACCUGUUCUACCAGAUGACCCCGAAGAUCCGAAUUUCUGUGACAUAAACGCCAUACUACAGAACGAUUUCGAGCUGGGCUUCUAUUUAAAGGAGCGCGUCAUACCGAAGGCCGUUAUCUUCUUUACUGGUGAAAUAGCCGAUUGCCAGAGCACGGAUGCCUCUGACACGGACACAGAGGACAGCGAGGAUGACUCUGACGUCGAGGAGGAGGAGGAGUCUUCCAACAAUGAAAAUGACAAGUAACACCGAAUAUUUUAUAAGCACUAGUUAACCGAGAAUUGAAUUUCCACACGUGUUUUUCCUUAAACUGUUUUCCAAUACUCUUUACACCCGUGAGUUGGCUCUUAGAAAGCGCAACUGAACAAUUGUUUUGUCCACUUCACUUCCAAUUCUUUCUUUUUGACGGCUACCAAAUAAACAUUUCAUCAGUUUCUCCUUUUCAAAA